AUGGGAGCACAGUCAAAGCCUGAGAUUUCCCCAUUGGCCCGCGCAUCCGCCGGAGCUACGGGCGCCGUCCUUGCAAACGCCCUGGUGUACCCUUUGGACAUUGUUAAGACCAGACUCCAAGUGCAAGUACGCCAGAAUAAGCAGUCAUCAGACUCUGAAAGCCAGCCGCACUACAACUCGACUUGGGAUGCGAUUUCACGGAUCGUAGCCGAUGACGGCAUUCAGGGGCUAUAUGCGGGCAUGAAUGGUUCACUUAUCGGCGUCGCGUCAACCAAUUUUGCCUAUUUUUACUGGUAUACAGUGGCUAGAUCUCUCUACGCCAAGUCAAGCAAGGCUUCUGGUCCGCCACCCUCUAUCGCUGUAGAGCUGGCCCUCGGGGCUGUUGCCGGUGCUCUCGCACAACUCUUCACAAUUCCCGUGGCUGUUGUAACAACGCGCCAACAGACUGCUCGAGCUGAUGAGCGGAAGAGCCUCCUAGACACAGCUCGCGAGGUUAUUGAAGGCCCAGACGGCGUGUCCGGUUUGUGGCGGGGUCUCAAGGCAAGCUUGGUGCUGGUUGUCAACCCAGCCAUCACGUACGGAGCGUACGAGCGAUUGAGGACUAUUUUCUUCAAUGGCAAACCAACAUUGAGACCGUGGGAAGCAUUCCUGUUGGGAGCUUUAUCGAAGGCCCUGGCCACAAUCGCCACGCAACCUCUCAUCGUUGCCAAAGUUGGUCUCCAGUCAAGACCUCCGCCAGAAAGAAAGGGUAAGCCAUUUAAGAGCUUCGUCGAGGUUAUGCAGUUCAUUAUCGAAAAUGAGGGGCCGCUCUCGCUAUUCAAAGGCAUAGGGCCACAGAUUUUCAAGGGCUUUCUUGUCCAAGGCAUCCUAAUGAUGACUAAGGAGAGGGUGGAGCUCUUGUUCGUGUUAUUCCUUCGGUACCUGAAAUCUCUUCGAUCGAACCAGCUACGCAAAGCCACGGAUGUUGCGUCAACGGUGGUGCAGCAUAGCCCUCUCAAAUCCUCGAAGCCACUUGCAGUAUCAUAA